AUGAUUGAACAACUCCAUAUCAGUCCCACCGGACACAAAAUCAUCCAUAUCAGCCACCACCACACCGCCCCCACCACCGCCGCCACCACCACCUGCACCACGCCCACCGCCAGACAGAACCCGCGCAGCCCGUCCCACCACCACACGGCGUUGGGCACGCCCAUGACGAACGCCCCCGCGGCCACCGCCCGCCAGCACGCCACGGCCGCUGUCAUGUCGGCGGUGUUGCGCGUGGCCGAGGCGAGGUUGGCGCUCGUGAAGGAGGUGCUGGCGCGGAUGAGCGGGGGCGCGGUGGCGUCGAGGAGGGAGGCACCGGCGGCCAGGAGGCCGAGGAGGAAGGAGAGGGCGGGGAGGUUGGCCGCGCGGGGCGAGGUAGUUGAGUGCGGAGGAGGAGAUGGGGUGGUGAGGUGGGGCUGGUGGGAACGGGGCGAGGAAGAGGGCACCAAUGGUUGCUGGGUUGAGGUCGAAGGGGAGGGGAGAGAAAAGGAGGGAGAUGGAAGCAACGAGGCCCCAGAGGGAGGCGUGAGGGAGGAUGGAGACGAUAGCAAGGAGGGUUGCUGUGGGCGUGAUGAAGGCCCGCGGAGCUUGGAGGAGGAUGGUGAGGUCGGCAGGGCUGUGGUAGGCGUACGGCUUGAGCUUGACAACAUAGUCGGCAAUGGUUUCGAGGGAGAGAGAGCGGAGUGUUGUGGGGGCCAGGGAAGCUUUGAACUGGCUCGUGGCUGUGGCGGGUGUUUCUGGGAAUGCGAGGCUCCGGUUAAACGCUGUUUCUGGGGCCCCGAGGGAAAUGGCGGGUACGGCAACGACAAAAAAGGCGCUGAGGAUCGUGGGUUGCAGACUAAAACCGACCGAGCCUUGAGAGGCAACGCCGCCGAUCAACGGCGGCCCCCAGGUUGUCAUUACGGCAACGGUCGAGUGUAUGGCGAUGCGAAUGCUGCGCUCAUGCUCCUGAACGCCAUCAGACGAUGA